AUGGCGCCGUUGGCGGCGAAUCUGCUCGCGCUCGACGCAGCGCAGCUCGGGCUCUCGGUUCAGAUGCCGAUUGCAAUCCUUCUCUUCUUGCGCCGGCGCUGCUCGCUCGCGACCUUCGCGUUAAUCGGUAUCCUCGUGCUCUUGCUGCUCCAGAACGCCAUCUCGUGCACAUUCCUCCUCGUGACUGAGCUCAGCGUCGUGCUUACGUUUGAGCUCACGGAACCCAAGAUCGCGACGUCCGAGAACACCACUGUGGCCGAUUACUUUGCGCGGCCAGAGACGAAGAACUCGCCUUGUUUGGCGCGUAACGUCUGCGUUCAGUUUCGGCUCAUGGGCAGGCUCCUCGCUCUGGUCGUACUGGGGUUUGUGAUCUGCGUAUCCCAAGCCAACCCCAACCUCCAAGCGUAUGGCGCGCGCUACCUAUUACUCCGCCUCGGAGCGGUUGUACUUGCGAAGAUCGUGUUCCCAGUGCUGGCGUCGCGCGCCGAGUGCAUUUACCACGACGACACCUAAGGCAUGCAGACGACCAAUAUGCACCUCUUCGAAACGUAUCUCGAGACACC